CCCCUCCAGCAUUAUAAAGCUAUUGUCCAGGCAGCUCGCCUCGUCUCGUCUCGCCGCCGCUGUCACUCUCAGCUUGCUCCCCCCUUCUUGUCCAGCUUUCUUUUUUUUUUAAAACAUCCACCAUGAGGGAGAUCGUCCACAUCCAAGCCGGCCAAUGCGGUAACCAAAUUGGUGCUAAGUUCUGGGAAGUGAUCAGUGAUGAGCACGGCAUCGACCCAACAGGGACCUACCAUGGAGACAGUGACCUGCAGCUGGACAGGAUCAGUGUCUACUACAACGAGGCCACAGGUCUUUCUGCUAAAGGAGGUAAAUAUGUUCCCCGUGCCAUCCUGGUGGACUUGGAGCCAGGCACCAUGGACUCUGUGAGGUCCGGACCUUUUGGCCAGAUCUUCAGGCCUGACAAUUUUGUGUUUGGUCAGAGCGGUGCUGGAAACAACUGGGCCAAGGGUCACUACACAGAGGGCGCCGAGUUGGUGGACUCGGUCCUGGAUGUGGUGCGCAAAGAGUCCGAGAGCUGCGACUGCCUCCAGGGCUUCCAGCUCACACACUCUCUGGGCGGAGGAACCGGGUCGGGUAUGGGAACGCUGCUCAUUAGCAAGAUCAGAGAGGAGUACCCCGAUAGGAUCAUGAACACAUUUAGCGUGGUGCCUUCGCCCAAGGUGUCAGACACAGUGGUGGAGCCCUACAACGCCACUCUGUCGGUCCACCAGCUGGUUGAGAACACAGACGAAACCUACUGCAUAGACAACGAGGCACUGUACGACAUCUGCUUCCGCACGCUCAAACUGACCACGCCCACUUACGGAGACCUCAACCACCUGGUGUCGGCCACCAUGAGCGGCGUCACCACCUGCCUGCGCUUCCCAGGCCAGCUCAACGCCGACCUGCGCAAACUUGCCGUCAACAUGGUGCCUUUCCCCCGUCUGCACUUCUUCAUGCCCGGCUUCGCUCCCCUGACCAGCAGGGGGAGCCAACAGUACCGCGCUCUCACCGUCCCCGAGCUCACCCAGCAGGUGUUCGACGCCAAGAACAUGAUGGCGGCGUGCGACCCGCGCCACGGCCGCUACCUCACGGUGGCUGCCGUCUUCCGCGGACGCAUGUCCAUGAAAGAGGUGGACGAGCAGAUGCUGAACGUGCAGAACAAGAACAGCAGCUACUUUGUGGAAUGGAUCCCCAACAACGUCAAGACGGCCGUGUGUGACAUUCCCCCCCGCGGCCUCAAGAUGGCCGUCACCUUCAUCGGCAACAGCACGGCCAUCCAGGAGCUGUUCAAGCGCAUCUCCGAGCAGUUCACCGCCAUGUUCCGCCGCAAGGCUUUCUUGCAUUGGUACACGGGCGAAGGCAUGGAUGAGAUGGAGUUCACCGAGGCCGAGAGCAACAUGAACGACCUGGUGUCCGAGUACCAGCAGUACCAGGACGCCACCGCCGAGGAGGAGGGCGAGUUCGAGGAGGAUGCUGACGAUGAUGCUUGAGGAGACGAGGCGACGAGGUGCCACUACUCACGUAACGAAGGAGCCAGCGUAGUAUCAGCCUUGCUAGUGUCCACUUUUAGACAACAAGUUAGAUUUCUCAUGUCAUUCAUCGCCAAUAAAAGCUGUCAAACCACAAA